GUCUUUCAAAAACAAACUUUUAUUUAUUGUCUUCUUUUUCUUCUUUUCAGUCUAAAUUGUGACAGUCCUGCUGAAAUGGAAACCAUUUUUCUUCAGUUCCCCAGUACAACAACAUUACUGGGCACUUUUGGGAUCCUACUGGUUUUGUAUCUGGUAUUCUCCAGCUUUGACUUUCAAAGAAAGGAGCCUCCGGGCCCCUGGCCACUGCCUCUGUUUGGCAAUUUGCUGCUGCUGGAUUCUAAAUCACCCCACACAACGCUGUAUCAGAUGUACAAGAAAUAUGGACCGGUAUUCACUUUCCAUUUUGGGCCUCAAAAAAUGGUAGUGUAUGCAGGACACAAGACAAUCAAGCAGGCUCUGGUGAACAACAAUGCAUUUUCAGAGCGAGAAGUUUCCCAGAUUGUCAUUGACAUUAAAUUAACACGUGGUAUUGGAUUUGCAAACGGAGAUUAUUGGAAAGAAAUUAGGAACCUUGUGAUGGCUAACAUGAAAGAUUUUGGAAUGGGAAAAAAAGCAUUGGAAGAGAAAAUCAUUGAAGAGUGCAAAAGUCUGAUUGAGACAUUCAUGGAAAAAAAUGGUAAAGCUUUUGAUACAGCGCAGCCAGUAAACAACGCUGUCUCCAACAUCAUCUCUUCUAUUGUCUAUGGAAACAGAUUUGAAUACGAUGACCCACUGUUUAUAUCUAUGGUGGAGCGAGCUCUUAAGAACACUCAACUCAUGGGAUGCGCUUCAAUUCAGUUAUAUAAUUUCUUUCCAAGGCUUUUUGGUUGGCUUGGAGCGCGAAAGCAACUGCUGGAGAGUUCGUUAACUAAUAGAAGAUGCAUAAAAGAGUUGAUCCAGGGUUUACAGGAAAGCCUUAAUCCGCACAUUUGCAGAGGUUUAGUGGAUUCUUUUCUGGCCCGCAAAAUUCAGCAUGAGGCCUCUGGGAAUAUGAAUUCUCACUACCAUGAAGACAACCUUCUGGAGACUGUUCUCAACCUGUUUGCUGCUGGCACAGACACUACUUCAGCCACUGUUAGAUACGGCUUACUGCUCAUGGCCAAGUAUCCUAAAAUACAAGAUCAGGUCCAGGAAGAGAUGAACAGGGUGGUAGGAAGCCGUCAGAUCCGGGUAGAGGACAGGAAGAACCUUCCAUACACUGAUGCUGUUAUCCAUGAAAUACAGAGAAUAACAAACGUUCUCCCAACAACUUUACAUCGCACCACACGAGAUGUCACCUUCCAGGGCUACUUCAUCAAGAAGGGAACUCCAGCACUGUUUCUGCUUUCUUCUGCUCUUUUGGAUGAAGACGAAUGGGAAACACCUUACACUUUCAACCCAGCCCACUUCCUCGAUGAGGAUGGAAACUUUAAAAAGAGAGACGCUUUUCUACCAUUUUCUGCAGGUGCAAGGGUUUGUGUGGGAGAGAGUUUGGCUAAGAUGGAGCUGUUCCUUUUCUUCACCUCCCUCUUUCAACACUUUUGUUUCACUCCUCCACCUGGAGUUAAAGAGGAUGAACUGGAUCUGACACAGAUUGUGGGCUUCACCCUCACCCCUUCGUCUCAUGAGUUGUGUGCUAUCAGCAGGGUCUGAAAAAGAUUGAACAAAUUUAUACAUUGAGUGCUUUGAUAUGUCUUUUUUAUCUCAAUAUUUAGUGCAUUUAAAUUAUGUUUUUUUUAAUUUAAAAAGCAUGCCACUCAUUGCACUCCUGGUCAGAUGGGAAGUCAGGGAUAAGUAGGGAUUUGUGAGCUUUAUUUGAGUCUACUACAAAGCCUCUCUGUUAAGAUGUCAGAGUGAAUCUAAAAAGUGCUUUUUCCAUCUUUAUGCUGAACUAUAUUGCUUUCUUUUGUCUAACUUUUGACAACUGGGAGUUUCUCUCUGGUGCUUUCUGCUGGCCUAUGACUCUCUUCAUGUUUUCAGGAAAAAGGCAUCACAGUUUUCUAAAGAUUGAUUUAAAAGAUGCAUUGUGAGACAUUUCCCUUGUUGAUUUAAAAAUCCACUAUGUCCUUGAUUUGUGCUUCACGUCCUGCUGAUUCAUAAAUAAAUAAGCAAGAAAAAAAAGCCUUGACAUAACCUUUACCUAACUUUGAAUUGAUUGCAUAUUGUAAAAUUAAAUCAAAACAAUUUCCAAAUCAUUGUUGUCACUUUUAUACAUUAUUAAAAUGUACUUUGGAUGUCAAAAAUAAACUGAAAACGCUUCAGCACAUGUUCCUUGUAAAAAUAUGUUUCUUCAUAACGGACUGUCUCCCUUUUUGGUUAACACUAUAAAGUUAGACAUAAAAUUAGACAAACUGUCAGUAACUCAUCAUCAGGAUCAGGAUAUGUGCUGUGUCCAUUUAAAACCAACUUAAGCACCAUGACACAAUUUAAUCAAAUCAACCUUAAAAACCUGGAGGACAUUAUACAACAAUUAAAUUCCUCCUCCUGCUGUCUUGAUAUUCUGCAAACAGGAUUUUUCAAAAAGGUUUCCCAAGUCAUGGCUCCAGAUCUGUUACAAAUUGUAAACAUGUCUUUUCUCUCAGGUGUCUUCCCACAGGCCCUGAAAACAGCAGUCAUCAAGCCACUAUUAAAAAAGAACAAUCUAGACAAGUCAAUAAUGAACAAUUACAGGCCAAUAUCAAAUCUUCCUUUCUUAAGUAAAAUAAUCGAAAAAGCUGUUUUUCAACAGUUAAAUAACUUCAUGACAUUGAGCGACUGUUUCGAUGUCUUCCAGUCAGGUUUUAGACAAAUCACAGCACUGAGACAGCUCUGGUUAAAGUGUUUAAUGACAUCCGUUUAAACACAGACAGUGGCAGAACCUCAGUCUUAGUUUUACUUGAUCUCAGUGCUGCAUUCGACACA